AUGGCUAGCUACAUCCCUCCAACAUCCUACUCACUUCCACCGCCCACGGCUUAUGUGUCACCAAUAGUCAUUCCACCCGUUCGACCCGCAUCUUUAGACUCCAGAUCAAGUGAAAGCUCAUGUCCAAAUGCAGGAUCAAGAGCUUUGAGCUACAAUGACCAAGUAACGGAUGUUGAAGAGGACUCCCAUACCAAGCCUUUGCAGUCCUGCAAUCGUAAAUCCGGGAAAGAAAUCGCUAGAGGGGGGACUCAACCACCGAACCUCGGCGGAGUUGCAGUCAAAGCGCUGGAAGGAAAAUUAUGA